AUGUUUGGCAAGCGUGGCUCCAAAUCGAGUCGGCCCAAGGCGGGCUCUGCUGCCAAGGCUGAUGCUUCCAAGCAAGGCAAGCUGCAGAAGUUUCGCGCCAAACUCGCCAAAUUCAGUCUCGAUCCAGAUACCGUCUUCAAGAAAGAGCGACCACCGCCUGCUCCUCGCUCCAUCUACUUCAACGAGCCUCUACCCGAGCAGGCGUUCAACGCCAAGGGGCAUCCUCAAUACCCCUACGUCUUUGCCAGCAACCAGGUCUUGACCGCAAAAUAUACCAUCUACAACUUCGUCUUUAAGAACUUGCUAGAACAGUUCCGCCGUGUCGCCAACCUCUUCUUCUUGCUCAUCGUCAUCUUGCAAUUUUUCCCGCAGUUCACCACCAUCAAUCCCGGUGUAUCAAUGCUGCCGCUGCUCGCCGUACUUGCCAUCACCAUGGCCAAGGAUGGAUACGAAGACAUCAAGCGCCAUCAGUCGGAUCGCAACAUCAACCGUCUCAAGGUCAAGACGCUCACUGGCGGAGGUUGGCAGAACCCAAAUGUCAUGGAGCCCAACGCCAGAAGCGUUGCUGCCUUGUACGCUGCCUUCAUGGACAAGCUCUUUGGCAAAAAGAAAAAAUCCUCGAAACUGCAGAAGCAGAUGGCUGAAAAGGCUGAAGCAGCCGCCGAAGAGGGACAUGCCCACCAAUCCGCCGUAUCGCCUCUCUCCCCUCCUGCCGAUGCUCCUGGUGGUGGUGGCACCACCGAUGUCCACGGCAAUCUCGCCGUCACCGGAGAAGCCAACCCACCUGCUCGCGCCUCGCACCAACUAGCACGCCGCACCACCACCCGUCACAGCCAGUUUGAAACCGAAUACGAGCAGCUCGAAGACGGUCGCAUCAGGCACGACGGGCGCAUCCUAUCUCCCGAGGAAGAGCACGCCUUCUUUUCCAAAAAGGCGCCGCGUUGGAAGCCAAAGAUGUGGGAGAACCUCGCGGUUGGUGACUUUGUCUAUCUCACCAACAACGAUCCCAUCCCUGCCGACAUCAUUAUCUGCUCCACCAGCGAAGAGGAGGACACCUGCUUCAUCGAGACAAAGAACCUCGACGGUGAGACCAACCUCAAAGCCCGUCACGCUGUCCCCGAGCUCACUUCGCUGCGCACCCCGGAAGAAUGUGCACGAGCCUCGCUGCGCAUCGAUGCCGAGCCACAGGACACCAACAUGUACCGCCUCAAUGCUAGCGUCAUCCUCAACGACCACUUCGACAAAAACGGCAACCCGCUCCAGUGCCCUGUCACGCUCAACCAGAUCCUGCUGCGUGGCUGCAACGUCCGCAACACCAAGUGGCUCAUUGGCGUCGUCAUCAUGACUGGAUGGGACACCAAGAUCAUUGCCAACUCCGGUGUCACCCCCUCCAAGCGUUCCAUGAUCGAGAAGCAGAUGAACCCCAUGGUCUACUUCAACUUGGUCGUCCUGGCCUGCGUCUCGGUCGCAUGUGCCAUUGCCGAUUCCGUGCUUGAGCAGUACUACUUUGAUCGCGACGCCUACUGGGAGUACGGAGCGAUCUACAGCGACGACAACCCACGCAUCAACGGGUUGGUCGCAUUUGCCAACUCGCUCAUCACCUUCCAAAAUAUUGUGCCCAUCUCGCUGUACAUCUCAUUCGAGUUUGUUCGCCUGGCUCAGGCCUACUUUAUCUACGACGACUACGACAUCUGGUACGAGAAGACCAACCGACGCACGACCGCCAAGUCGUGGAACCUCUCGGAUGACCUCGGUCAGAUCGAGUACAUCUUCAGUGACAAGACGGGCACACUCACCCAGAAUGUUAUGAUCUUCCGCGAGUGUGCCGUCGCCGGCGUCAUCUACCAUGGCGACGCCAUUUCGCCUCACGUCGGUGCUUUGGACAGUGCGACCACAGACGCGCCCACGGCAAAGGACUCGGACAAGGACGACGAUGGCUCCACCCACAACGGCUCGGGAGACACCGGCAUCAAGGGCUCCGAGUCGUAUCACGCACACAACUCCAAAGUCAACGUAAAGCCGCUCAACCCUGACAUUCCACCCUUCCACGACCAAAAGCUUGCGGAUACCCUCAAAGACGCUGAUUCCAAGCAGGCAAAGCAGCUUGGUAACUUCUUCCGUUGCCUUGCGCUCUGCCACACGGUCCUCGUCGAAAAUCUCGAAGACGGCAGCAUCGAGUACCAAGCACAAAGCCCCGACGAGCAGGCGCUGGUUCAGGCUGCUGCCGAUGCUGGCUUCAUCUUCCUCGGCAAGGAGCGUCAGACGCUCAGAAUUUCGACUCCUUUUUCAAACGAGCCCGAACUCUACGAGCUGCUCGUCGUCAACGAGUUUUCGUCUGCACGAAAGAGGAUGAGUGUCGUCGUACGGCGCGAGUCCGACGGCCAGGUGCUCAUGUUGGCCAAAGGUGCAGACAGUAUCAUGUUUGAGCGCGCGCGCGCAGGUCAGGACGAGCUCAAGUCUGAGACCGAUGCUGCUCUCGAAGAGUUUGCCAACAAAGGUCUGCGUACUCUGUGCCUGGGUGGAAAGGAGCUGAGCCACGACUUCUACGAGGAUUGGCGGCAACGCUACCACGAGGCGUCUGUCUCCAUUCAGGACCGUGAGGACAAGAUGGAAGCUGUCGCGAGCGAGCUCGAAAAAGACUUUGACCUGUACGGUGCCACCGCCAUCGAGGACAAGCUGCAGGAUGGUGUUCCGGAGACCAUCGCUGAUCUCAAGCGCGCUGGAAUCAAUGUGUGGGUGGCCACGGGUGACAAACUCGAGACAGCUAUUGCGAUUGGUUACUCGACCAUGUUGCUCACCGAAGACAUGAAUCUGGUCGUAGUUCGUGGAGGCGAGUACGGACAGCCCAACUCGGCCUACGAACAGCUGCGAAAGGCUGUGAUCCGCUUCUUUGGCGGACCGGCUGUGCUCAAGGAGAUGGACCACCAGCCACCGGGCGAGGAAUCGGAGAGUCGACGCUCUUCGUUCAUGUCGCGCAGGCCCUCGUACCACUCGCGUCGUCGCAGCAGCGUCAGCCAAGCUUCGCUCGUCGGCGAGGACAAUGGACAGCGCAGUGGCGGUUUCGCUCUUGUUAUCGACGGCACAGCACUGGGGCAUGCGCUUAGCGAAGACUUUAGCAAGGAUCUGCUGCUGCGCAUCUCGACCCAGUGCAAGGCGGUUAUCUGUUGUCGUGUCUCUCCCUUGCAAAAGGCGUUGAUUGUCCGGCUCAUCAAGGACGGUCUGGGGGUCAUGACGCUUGCCAUCGGAGACGGUGCUAACGACGUCAGCAUGAUCCAAGCCGCGCACGUCGGUGUGGGUAUUGCCGGUGAGGAGGGUCUGCAGGCCGUCAACUCGUCCGACUAUGCUAUCGCGCAGUUUCGUUACCUCAAGCGUCUGGUGCUUGUCCACGGGCACUGGUCCUACUACCGCAACUCGGUCAUGAUUUCCAACUUUUUCUACAAGCAGUUCAUCCAGGUCGGCACGCUUUUCUGGUUCCAGAUCUACUGUGCAUGGUCGACGACGCAGGCGAUCGACUACGUCUACAUCCUGCUUUGGAAUGCAGUGUGGACGGUGUUGGCCGUCAUCUUCAUGGGUAUCUUUGACCGCAACAUCAACGACAAGGUGCUCAUGCAGGUACCCGAACUCUACCAUCGAUCCCGCAAGCGCCUCUACUUUGGUCUGAAGCCGUUCUUGCUGUACUUUUUGGACGGCAUCUACCAGUCGGUGGUGCUCUUCUUCUUCUGGGCUUACUCGUACAACACCACGACCGCGCGCAACGACGGAUACGACACGGGUCUGUUCGAGUGGUCGACUGGGAUGGCAAUUGCAUCAGUGCUGGUGGCCAACUUGUUUGUCGGUCUCAACGCAAGCGCAUGGAGCUGGUUCAUCUUUGUCGGUGUUUGGGCGGGCACCGUCGUCAUGUUUGUGUUUGCGCCCAUCUACGCGGCGUUUACAUCGACCCUGUCGUACGGCAACAACCACUAUUUGUACGCGUCGAUCCAGUUCUGGGUGCUCGGAUUGCUGACGUGCUUCCUAUCGCUUCUACCGCGCAUCUUAGCCAAAUGUUUACGCCAGUCGUACUAUCCGACCGAUGUGGACAUUUUGCGAUACGUGGACAAGAAGGACAACGACCACGAUUUCACGCGCGAUCCCGCUAUUCCGCACGCACACGCCGAUGGCGCCGUCUACGCGGACGCGGCGGCGGGUCGACCUAGUAUGACGCAUCAUACGUUUGCCCCGCUUGUGCGCGCGGCGACGUCGACGUCACGGUUCGAUGGUGUCGGGGAGGCAAGUGCGCCGGGUGGCGUACCGAUGCACGAUCUGCGCCAGACAGCCUCGCGCGCUAGCAGCACGCACUACGACAUGCUCACGGGCGAGCAGAGGCCGAAUCGCGGGUAUACCUUCUCUGCGGAUGAGCCGAGUGGUGCACUGCACAAGAAGAAGAGCGUCAAGGAUCGACUGGUGCCGGAUGUGUUUAAGAGGAGUUUGCGGAAGAAGGACCAGCGGAAACGUCUGACCAUGAUCGACCAGGAAGAAGACGCCGUAGAAGGGCACCAGGCGGCCGGUCAAGACACUACGCAGAACUGA